CGGAAAACUUGGGUUUGACAUCAGUCAAGUCCACGGUCCAGGUAGUGGCGGCAGUCAUUGUUGCCCUAGCAACGCUAGUCCAUCGGGGAAGGCGCGGCGAGGGUGCAACACAAGAGCCCCGCCGCCAGACUUGACGCUGCGCAUCUUUCGGCCACAACGACAACGGAAACGACACCAGGUAAGGUGGCGGGCUUUUUUGUACAUUGAUUUUGGAUACUUUUCUUUCUUGAGAUACCCCACCGGCGUCAUGGGCUCCGACGACAUUGUUGACUUCGAGGUUAUCGAAAACUCGAAGGAGAACAUUCAGGCCAUUCCCAGCGGCCGUUCGGCCAGAGCACUCGCGCAGCUUUACACACCACCACUGGGCGCAAAGCCGGGGCAUGCUCCGUCACCAUUGCAGACACAGGAUGCGCACAGCGCAAAUCGGUUAGAAUUUGAGAAAGAGCUCAUGAACAUUGACGACUCCGACGACCCACUCGACAUCUACGACCGAUACGUAAAGUGGACGCUAGAGGCAUACCCUUCCGCACAGAACGACAAGCACUCGCAGCUUGGCCCACUCCUCGAGCGCGCAACCAAGGCCUUCCAGACGUCGUCUCACUACAAGGACGACCCCCGCUAUCUGAGGCUUUGGCUGCACUACAUUCGACUCUUCGCCGACGCGCCUCAGGAGAUCUUCAGGUUUCUAGCGCGACACAACAUUGGUGCCGGGCUGGCGUUGUACUAUGAGGAAUUUGCUGCCUGGCUUGAGGGAGCUGGCCGAUUCUCGCAGGCCGAGGAAAUCUACAGCAUGGGCAUUGAGAAGGAAGCGCGGCCGACCGAACGGUUGAUUCGGAAGUACGGCGAAUUUCAGCAUCGAUUCGAGAGUCGCCCAAAGGAUGUGCCCGAGCCUUCAAGUCCAGCUCUGCCCGCCGUCCGCCCUGCCUUAGCUGCAAAGGUCGAUCCUUUUGCCCCCGCUUCGCCCGUUUCGCAAGCGCAGAGCCAACCGAAGGCACCCAAACCGAAGUCUGGCAAGGCCAAGAUGGCCAUCUUCUCCGAUGAAGGUGAGCCGGCAAAGACAAGCUCGAGUGGCAGCGGCCCAGGCUGGGACAGUAUCGAAACCCUCGCAGACCGCAAGAAGGAGAACACACAGGAGGCUCGGCCCUGGGCUGGCGAGACACUGAAGGGUGGAAAGACCAACAAAGGCGCAGGGAAGAUGAUGAUAUUCAAGGAUGAGACCAAAUCACAUCUCAAUGACAGCGCGUCCAUUCCACAUCCCUUCCGUGAGCAACUACAAGCUGUCAAUCCGAAGACAGGCAGAGUCGAGGUUGUGUUCGUUGACCUGGAGCAAGUAUAUCCUAACCGCAGGGAUCCAAUGUCAGUGGAAUUUUCUUUCGAAGAGCUGCGAGCUAGAUAUAGAGGCUGGCUCAGCCAAGACUGGGGAGCUAUUCGUCGAAAAGAACAGGAACAUGCCAGAAAACUUGCGGAGGAGGCUGCUGCUGCACAGCGGCCGGCGCCCAAAACCGCACCUCUCGCACCCAAAACCGCACCUCUCGCACCCAAACCCGCACCUCUCGCGCCCAAGCUCGAACCUCUUGCACCCAGAUCCGAACCUCUCGCACCCAAACAAGAUGCACAAAAGCCUCCGAAGCUACAGACCGUACCCCUCAAAGGUGGCGAAAACGAUGUCCUGGCGGGUGAUGAUGAGAAUAGACCGCCCUCGCGGGCCGACAUCGAAAAGGCAAAGGCAGCGAAGAAGGCGCGAAAGGAAGAGCGCGCAAAUCGGACGCGAAAGAUCCAGGUCAUGGACAUCAAGGAGAUCAGUGGCGAGACACAAACGAUUCAAGCGAAGCUAGACUCGCCAUCGAAGAAAUCCAAGGUGCGCAGGAAAAAAGGUGGUCGCGAGGCAACCAUGACUCUACACACAAAAGAGGCUAUGGAUGAUAUCUACGACAUCUUCAACCAGCCGCUGAAGCAGCCAGAGGAGCAGGUGUCUGAGUCACAGAGUGAAGAAGUGAGCAGUGAUGACGAUGAGAGUGACUACACAAGCGGUGCAGAGAGUACAGCUACUCGCAGCGAGUUCGGCGACGAGACAACAGUCGGUGGAGAUUUUACGUUAGGAACGGUGAUUGGUGACAACGAGUCGGACGAUGACAGGAGCAGCGACAUCGAUGCUACGGAAGUCGACCGCACUGAAAUCGAUGACACUGAUGUCAGAAGCGUGUCGGCCUGGUCCGACCUCAGUGGCAACAAGGAUGCUGCAAGUGACGAAGAGGACCAGAACGACACUGUUCGCUCCGUUCGCUCGAACGAAGAACACGAGGAUUCGGAGGACGACUCUUUUGAGGAGGUAACACAUCCACUCGUACAGUCAGGGGGCCAGUAUGAGCCAGAGGUGACCACGCCCACCUCACCAUCAGCGCCAGCCUCGUUGCCCACUCGAUUCGUGCCGGUUCCACCAGAAGAGCACAACUAUCCAAUGAGGCCAUAUCGGGACUCCGUCCAGGCGGCUAACAAUCGUCUGCCCUUCAUGACUCCAAUUGUGGAGAAGACAGAGUCAUCCUUGGGUUUCGCAACUGCCUACGCUCAAAAGGAACAGCUCAAUGCUAAGACGCCAUCACGGUCGAAGGGUAAUCUUAUCAUAUUCGAGGACGGUGAUGAAGAUGAGACGAGUAGUAGCCCCUUCCAAGAUCUUCUUGGACAAGUGAUUGAUGGUCCAGGGAAAAUCACGAAACUGUCGCUCAGGCAAUCCGAGCCAAAGCCAAGUGAUCUUCUCGCGGAAGCAGUUGGAGAGCCGGCACGGAAACCCCUGGCUGCAAAACCGGCUGUGUUUAGGGACUCAAAGCCUUCGGGACCGAUUAUCCAGGAGCUGCAAUGUAAUCCAGUCAUCGAGGACAUUCGUAACAUCAUCUUGCGAGAGAUCCAGCCGCCGCUCGAGAGCUAUGAUGGAUAUUUUGCAGACACUGAGGCAAUCAGCGGAAAGGGUCUUGAGAUCCAGAAAUACACAAAGGCUGUGAAGAAGAUGAAGAACAACUCGCAGGACAAGACCAUGACGAACCUGUCUGUGCCACCUAAGCUUGAAUUCGAGGGAUCAGCACGAACAUUCACAGUCAAACGAGAGCUCGGUAAGGGAGCGUUUGCGCCGGUGUAUCUUAUCGAAAGCACGCCAAAGGAUGAGGAGGAUGAGAAUGCACCUGCACAAAUGGGCAAAGGCGACUUUGGCCUCAAGCGCCGCCCUCUGGAAGCCCUCAAGAUGGAGGACCCUCCCACUCCAUGGGAGUUCUACAUCAUGCGGCAAGCAAAACGCCGUCUCGGGGUAUCCAGAGCAGCUGACUCGAUCGUCCAUGCAUAUGAAAUGCACGUGUUUCAAGACGAGUGUUAUUUGAUUGAAGAGUUCUGCGACCAGGGUACCCUCUUGGAUCUUGUUAACAUCGCCCGUGCGGAGAAUGGGGUGAUGGACGAGCAGUUGGCCAUGUUCUUCACCGUUGAACUACUGCGCACUGUCGAAGCGCUCCAUUCAAAGGGGAUUCUUCACGGCGACCUCAAAGCAGACAACAUCCUUGUUCGCUUCGAUGCGCUGCAGAAGGGCGAGUGGAGCUCAGUAUACCAGCGCGACGGCCGCGACGGUUGGGCGUCCAAGGGCAUCUCGCUCAUCGACUUCGGCCGUGGCAUCGACAUGAAAGCAUUCCGGCCAGACGUGCAAUUCAUCGCCGAUUGGCAGUUUACAGAAGCCGACUGUGCGGAGAUGCGCGAAGCGCGUCCCUGGACAUACCAAAUCGACUACCACGGUCUGGCAGGCAUCGUGCACAGUCUGCUGUUCGGCAAGUACAUGUCCACUGUUGCUGAGAAAGGGGCGGGACUUGGUGCUGGUGCGACAAAGACGUACAAGAUCAAGGAAAGUCUGAAGAGGUAUUGGCAGACGGAGAUCUGGCACGAGUGUCUCGAUCUACUGCUCAAUCCGCUGAUGCACCUGGAGGGUGAGGAGAGCAGGAAGCUGCCGGUGUUGAAGGGCAUGAGAGAGGUGCGCGAGAAGAUGGAAGCACAUCUCGAGAGCAACUGUGAGAAGGGGAUUGGGCUGAAGGCGUUGGUGAGGAAGAUGGAGGAGGCAGUGAAGAAGCGGUGAUUGUGAUUGUUAGAGUGAUGCUGGAUCUGCUUGCACGGCGUUUUGGUGGGAUGAUACCUACGAGUCAAUGUUAUGAUGUGUUUCUCUUCCUA